AUCGAAGACUUGAGCAUUUGCCAAUGGCAUUCUGUUUUCCAUACCAAAGUGCGAGUCUCCCACGUUCGCAUGUUCCAAGAACGUCUCUCGGAGUGAGUUUGCUAAGACACUCAUCCUACAGUGGAGGUUUCCUGCAAACCAUACCAGCAACUCCGCAAGUUGUGGCGUUGUGGGAGGAAGUCUGCAUUCUAGGAAGAUUGCCCAACAAGAAGAGGUUGUUUGACUUUUACAGUAAAAAACGAGGUAGAUAUUUUAAAACUACUCCAAAACAACUGUUGGAGGUUUGGCCCUGUUAUUUUUCCAGGAAACGGAACUUUCUGAUUGUAAGCAUCAGCGCUAGUGAUCAACCGGAACAGUUUCAGAAAGCGGUUAAAUCUUGUCAUUCCAACAGUACAAGCGUUCAUCCAGUUCUUUCGAUCAUACAAAAGAGGAAGUUAGAAGCAAGUCUACCGGGAAAGAGGAACGAUUCUUUUCGUGUUGCCCUUUGUAUCGAAGGAGGAGGCAUGAGAGGCUCCAUAGCUGCAGGAAUGACAGCAGCCAUAAAGUAUUUGAAUCUUGAAAACGUAUUCGAUGUUGUAUAUGGUUCUUCAGCAGGCGCGAUUAUUGGUGCUUAUUUUGUUAGCAGGCAGUUGCCAUUAUAUGGUACUAGUGUGUAUUACGAAGACCUAUGUUCUCGAGACUUUAUAAGGAAGCGACAAUUGUUUUAUAGAUACUUGCAGCCGAACUCGAAGCAUAUACCGGUUCUAGAUUUGGAUAGUCUCAUAGAUGAAGUAAUCGUCUACUCAAAACCUCUUGAUUGGAAUUGUUUUUGGAAAAAUUGCCAGAGCCAGCCACUGAAGCCAGUGGCAACUUCAUUAAGUACUUUGGAAGCAAAGGUGCUGGACAAUUAUAAAACUUUUGAGGAACUGCGACAGUGUUUGAGAGCUUCUGCUCUUGUUCCUGGAAUAGCUGGAGAACCAGUUUCUAUUGAUGGCGAUGUUUUUGCUGAUGCUAUUUUACACGAAGCUAUUCCACUUCGUUCAGCCUUGCGGGAAGGUGCGACACAUGUCUUAGUGUUACGCACAAGACCUCAAGGAGCACGUAUUCCACACAAAGCUGGAAUGUACGAACGUCUUAUUGCUGUUCCUAGCUUUCGUUCACAAGAGAAUUUUCCGGUUAUUCAAGCGUUCGUAUUGAGUGGUCAUCAUCGUCAAAUUUACUAUGAAGACAUCGAAAGAUUGAAAAGAGCGAAGGCUGAAUUUGGUCCCACACCUCCUUAUUUAUAUGAUCUGGCAGUUCCAAGAUUCAAGAAACAAGUUGGCCAACUGGAAAGCAGACAAGAUGUAAUCUUCAAGGCAGUGCGAGAUGGCUUUGCAAUUGCGUAUCAAGAGUUGACAGGAGUAUCAAUGGAAGAGAGCGAAAGAGUUGCAUCAAGUAUUUACACGGAGGAAGAGUUUGUUCGACUUAAGAAACAGAGAGAGAUGAUUCGGUUUCAAAGAGAAAACUGGAAGAGACGUUUGAGGUCUAUCAGUUUAUUUAAACCGAAAACUGUUUUAAAAAGAAGAAAUUCGACAAAUUCGCAGUCUUCAUUCAUUGACAACGAAUCUUUAACGGAAUAACAUCCUUUUGACGGUCGAAGUUUUUCUGCACAAGACAAACUAUGGAACACUUGAUUCAUACUUGUUGUAUCAAUUUACUAUUGUCAUUUUUGGGGUUUGAGAACGUAUGAUAGUAUUCUUUCUAUUAUUCUGUCCAGAAUAAACUGUACACUUUACAU